AUGGCAUCCUCGGCCCCAACCCCGGGACGCGAGGCCCUAACUGCGACUAGUCUUCUCAAACAAGCACAAGCCGCGAGCAAGGACAAGUCAAAGGAUGAGGUUGGGAAGGAGUCCGAGGAGGAGUUCAAAUCUAAACACCUAGGUUUACUCGGCGUAUUUGUGUGGAUACUGUUCCUGCAUGUUGUUGGCAUAUUCUACUUCACCAAAGGCUUCCUCCUCACCCGGAUGGUCUUGGAAAACAAGUCUUCAUGCGAUGUUCUACCCUUCAGUGACGCUCCCCAGAUCCAGGAGUCAAAUGACGACUGUUGGCACCAAAAGUCGUUCGACAAGGCUAUUGUGAUAAUUAUCGAUGCUCUUCGCUAUGACUUUACCGUCCCUUUUGCACCAAAUGAAGAUAUUGAAAGCGCCCACCUUUUCCACGAUAAUAUACCAGUGCUGUAUGAAACCGCAAUCAGCAACCCUCAGAAUGCUUUCCUCCUCCCUUUCAUCGCGGAUCCUCCGACUACCACAUUGCAGCGACUAAAGGGCCUGACUACCGGCACUCUCCCCACGUUUAUAGAUGCCGGCUCCAACUUUGCUGGGACAACAAUUGACGAAGACAACCUCGUCGCUCAACUUCACGCCGCGGGUAAGAACAUUGUUCACCUUGGUGAUGACACAUGGCAUGCUCUCUUCCCGGGUUACUUCGACCAUGAUUUGACACGGCCGUUUGAUUCGUUUAAUGUGUGGGAUUUGCAUACGGUCGACAACGGCGUGAAUGAGCAUAUAUUCCCACUUCUUGAACCCCAAAACUACACAAAAUGGGAUGUUAUCUUUGGGCACUACCUCGGCGUUGACCACGCUGGUCACCGAUACGGCCCCAAUCACCCUGCCAUGGCGGCCAAGCUGAACCAAAUGGACCAAACCAUUCGAGAAGUCAUGAGCAAAAUUGACGACAGCACGUUGCUCGUUGUCAUGGGCGACCAUGGCAUGGACUCGAAAGGAGAUCACGGGGGUGAAUCGGACGACGAGGUUAAUGCUGCGUUGUGGAUGUACUCGAAAAAAGGGAUAUUCGGUCGUACCAAGCCGGAAACCGUAUUGCCGCCAAAGUAUGCUCGAGAAAGAUUCGUUCCCCAAAUUGACCUUGUGCCGACCCUAUCAUUACUACUCGGAAUCCCUAUCCCGUUCAAUAAUCUGGGCUCGCCGAUUGAAGAAUCAUUUUCGGGACCCAACGGAAACGAUUGGAGUAACCUCGUCACUGUAAACCGCCUGGCGUCUGCACAAAUCAAGCGAUACCAGCACGCUUACGCUCAGAGUCGUGGGGACGAUGGAGCAGAAUCCCAGGUGCUUGGUUUCUGGGAGACAGCAGAAAAGGAAUGGCAGGGCAAACCCAAGAACUUGAGUGCAGUUUACGACGCCUAUAGACAGUAUCAACGGCAUACGCUCCAAGUCUGCCGGAGCCUCUGGGCGAAAUUCGAUUUGCCGAGUAUGGUACAAGGAACUGCAGUACUCCUUGCAGGCAUAGUUCUACUGGUGUUCUACGCCCGUGGUUUGCAAGCGGACCGGACAGAUAUUACCGGUCCCUUCCUCUCGCGCGUUGGCUUAGGUUCUGUUUUGGGGACUGUUGCUGGUGCCGUCUUGGUGAUGAUUCGUGUAACCGAAUUGAAGGUCCUAGAGGCUUCGGCCCUAUUCGCUGCUGUUGGUAGCAUCCUGGGUGCCUCAUCUGUCAUCUUCAGCACUCAGCGUCUAUCAAUUCCCCUGCCCAACUCCCUCUGGGGUUGGCUUGCUGUUGUCUUCACGGUCAGUCAAUCGCUUGGCUUCGCAUCCAACUCCUACACUAUCUGGGAGGACGAGAUUCUGCUUUUCUUCCUGUGUACAUUCGGUAUUGUUGCUGGUGUAUCCUCAAUGCGCCAAGGAACAACCACCGACAGGGUCCUGGGAGUAUACCAUUCAAUUGUCUUCGUCAUUCUGGCAAGACUAGCGUCUCUGUCUCGUCUCUGUCGUGAGGAACAGAUGCCCUUCUGCCGGUCAACUUAUUAUGCUUCCAGCACAUCCUCUACAUCUGCUCCUUGGCAACUCGCUCUUCCGUUCCUCGUCAUGCUCAUACUGCCCACGGUGAUCAAGGGCUUCUAUGAUGGAUCAAAAUCUUAUGAAGGAGCAGCUGGUCUAUGGAUUGGGAUUGGCUUCCGUCUUGGAUUAUUUGUAACCUCUAUAUUCUGGGUGCUUGAGGAGCUAGACGGCAAGGCCUGGCUCCCUCUUGACGGCGAAACCCUCAAGUCGAUUCGCGUAUUCCUAGCUCAACUUGUUCUCGGUCUCGCAUUCGCCGCCGGCACAACCGCAUUCCUCUACUCAAAGCCAUGCGUCAGCAUCAGCGUUGCUCAAAGCGCCGCAGAGCCGGAACCCACAGUAAAACGCCCCUCAUCACCGGGCGAGCAACAACUGCCAAGAACAACAGUGACAAUCCUUGGUUUCGGCAACGUUCACGGCACACGAUUCUUCUUCCUCGCGAUCAACUUUUGCCUCGCCAUCAUGCUAAUGCAAAAACCAAUGGGCCAAGGCACCAUGGCUCUCCUCCUCUGGCAAAUCCUCUCCCUCCUCGAAAUCCUCGACACAAACGCCCUGGUUACAUCCAACUCCUCCAUCGGCCCCAUAGUCCUUGCGCUUCUCGGCUCCUUCUACUACUUCAAAACAGGCCACCAGGCCACCCUUUCCAGCAUUCAGUGGGAAACGGCCUUCAUCCCACUAACAACGGUGAAAUACCCCUGGUCCCCGCUCCUCGUCACCCUCAACACCUUUGGCCCUCAAAUCCUUACCGCCAUCGCCGCACCGCUCACAGUCCUCUGGAAACGACCCCUCCAGCUCCGCGACUCGAACAGCGCAUCCUCGAAACCCGCGCUUAAACUCCUCUCGGAUGUCGCUCAGGCUGCAGCUACGUAUAUCUUGUACUUUGGCACCAUCAACCUCGCUACGACAAUGUGGGCUGGCCACCUCCGCCGCCACCUUAUGCUCUACCGCAUCUUCUGCCCACGAUUCAUGAUGGGUGCUGCCGUCCUCACUGUCGUGGACGUCGUCCUCAUUCUGUUCUCUGUAGCCGGUGUACGAUGGAGUACACUGAGUGUAGCCGAGAUAUUCGGCUGGUGA